CUUCCAAUUUGUCCUGAAGUUCAAACUAAAAGUUUAGGCUCCUCAGAGCAGCAAAGCUACCAUGGGCCUGGAGAAGUUCCUUGUUCUGUUUCCAUUAUUUGUCCUGGUGCUUGGAUGGGUCCAGCCUUCCCUGGGCAAGGAAUCUUCGGCCGCGAAGUUUAAGAGGCAGCACAUGGACCCAGAAGGUUCCUCCAGCAGCAGCCCCACCUACUGUAACCAAAUGAUGAAGAGCCGGGAAAUGACAAAGGGGACAUGCAAACCCGUGAACACCUUCGUGCAUGAAUCCUUGGAAGAUGUUCAGGCUGUGUGCUCCCAGGAAAAUGUCACCUGCAAGAAUGGGAGGAGCAACUGCUACAAGAGCAGGGCCACCAUACAGAUCACUGACUGCCGCCUCAAAGGGAACUCCAAAUAUCCCAACUGUGACUACAAGACCAGUCGAGUCCAAAAGCACAUCAUUGUGGCCUGUGAAGGGAACCCCUCCGUACCAGUCCACUUCGAUGGUUCUGUGUAGGACUCCACCUAGGCCAAACCAGUAAGAUAUCCAUGUCUCCCAACCUCAUCACCUCACACCUGCCCCUCCCCAUCACUCUUUCCCUGAAAGAAAUAACUCAUGUUAGAACUUCUAUCUGACAAAACAUGCAACCUUGUCCUGUGUUGUGCUCCCAGAUACCUCUCUUGCCAUAGACAAAUGAAGCAAGAUGGCCCUCACCAGAACGUGUCCCUUCAACCUUGGACUUUCUUGACUUCAGAACCAAGAACCAAAUAAGACUCUGCUCAUUAUAAA